AUGGAAGUUGUUCGUGAACCUCAGGGGCUUAUCCUUUCUCAGAGAAAGUUCACUCUAGAUCUUCUCCGGGAGUUCAAUUCUCUACAUCUACGCCCUGUCUCUUCUCCUCUUGAUCCAUCUGUCAAGCUACAUGCUAAGUUUGGUGCUGCCAUACCAGAUCCCACUUUAUAUCGGCAUCUUUUGGGGAAACUCAAUUACCUAACACAUACGAGGCCUGAUCUUUCUUUCGCGGUCCAGCAUUUAAGCCAGUACAUGCAAGACCCGCGAAAACCUCAUCUUGAUGCAGCUUUUCGAUUUCUAUGUUAUCUGUUACGCGAUCCUGGUCUUGGAAUUUUUAUGAUAGCCUCUUCCUCUUUUGAGUUGUUGGCUUUUUGCGACUCGGAUUGGGGUUCCUGUCCAGAUUCUCGUCGCUCUGUGAGUGGCUACUUCAUAUCACUUGGCUCUUCUCCUAUUUCGUGGAAAUCAAAGAAGCAAGCCUCAAUCUCGCUAAGUUCUGCCGAGGCUGAGUAUCGCAGCAUGCGACGAGUUGUUGACGAGAUCACCUGGUUGGUACGUUUGUUUGAAGAUCUCUCCAUCCCCAUCUCACUUCCUGUUCAUCUUCACUCCGAUAGUCAAGCUGCAAUCCAUAUAGCUAAGAACCCCGUCUUUCAUGAAAGGACGAAGCACGUGGAGAUUGACUGCCAUUUUUGUGCGUCAACAGUAUCUUGCAGGUUUAAUUUCACUCUCUUUCGUCCGAUCUUCUUCUCAGUUGGCAGAUCUAUUUACCAAAUCCCUCACCGGCCCUAUUCAUCGCAAUCUAUUGUGCAAGUUGGGGGUCCUCUCGUCCCCCGCCAACUUAAGGGGGGUUGUUGGUGCACAACCCAGAACUACGCUAGUAGAGAAGAACACAAAGAAGAACAGAACUCUCUUAUUUAG